AUGGUGUCUACCAAAGUGGAAGAAAUCGUCAACCCGCGCCGAAUCUUAGCAGUCGCCCUCACCGACUCCUCAGACCAUCUCGGUGCCGUCAUCAGAGACCUAACCGGCACGGCCCCCACUCCCCAACAACAACAACCACAACCACCCUCACAAGAAGAAGACGAAGAUGAAGAAGAGUCAUCAGAGCACACGGCACCGGAACCUUCCCUUGCAGGAAUCACCCACCACCUCCCCCUCUCUACACCGUACUACACUGCUUCCAUCCCCAUCUGGCUAGACCUGAUUUCCUCCCCUGGCGAUUGGUCAGCGAGCUUUCUGAGCGAGGAGGCGAAGGAGGUGUUGGGGGUUUUGGGCGGGGUUGUUUGUGUCUUUGAGAUUCCUUUUACAUCUGCACCGGGGUCGUCCGCUUCUAGCGAUAAUGAUGCCAAGAUGAAAGCGCAGAAAGAAAAGACUAGGGAGUUGAUUAAAGGGGUGGGCAAGGUAGUGCGGGAGGGACUAGGUGGGUGGGAGUGGGAGGGUGUGGGGUUGGCUGUUGGCGUUACGACAACAGCAACAACAACAGCAAUGGCGACGGCGUCAGAUGUCGGUGGUGAUGGUGGUGGUGAGAUUACUAUUGCUGAAAUGGACGUCGACAUGGAAGAUGAGAUCAAUGAAUGGGAUGAUUUGUGUGCGGAGUGGGGGUUGGAGUUUGUUCAUCAUCGGGUUGUUGGCAGCAGCAACAAUAACAACAACAAAGGGGAGGAGAAGAGAAACGAAUAUGGCGAAAAGAUGGGCAUCGCGCGAGUCCUGGAGGCACUGCAGUCUAAUGACUGGUCAGGCGGAGACGGCGACGAGGGCGACAACGAUAACAACAACAACAAUCGUGGGCUGUUCGACGAGUCUGAAGACGAAGAGGACUACGUUGAUGAAAACGACGGGGAUACUGAGGAUGAGUUCGAUCUUGGUUUUGGGUACACCAAGAAGCAGAAAAUGGAAAUGCGGAAGGCGUUCCUGAAGGGGACUGCGGAUUCGAAUAGGACGGCGGAAGAAGAGUUGGAGGCGUCCAAGAGCGUGACGCAGACAAUAGAAGGGCAGGAAAAGACGACGAAGAAAGGUGAGGAGAAGGGGGAGUCCGCUGCUGUUGCCACAGACGCAGCAAAGGCUGGACCGAGCGCCGAGUCUGGGUCUGGGGCAGACAAGGUAGAGGAGGAAGAAGAGAUAGGAGAGGAAGAUGUGGAGAAGAUCGCCAAGAUGAUGCUCAAGUUGCAAGCUGUUAGGGAUAUGAGCGGCACAGUACCGGAGGAGCAAAGGAGGAAGUUGGCGUUGAAGGCCGUCGAGGAGGUUAUGAGGGAGCUGUAAUGUCGAUCAAGAUAUGCCACAGGCAGACGCUUCUAGCUGAUAGUUUCAGUCACGCAGUUCAUCAGGUCGUCAAUCACAUCCGAUUGUUCCAUGUUC